AUCAUUAUAAACAUAAAUGAAAUUUUAUUUUUAAGCAUCUAAUUGUUUAGUAUUAUUUACCAAUUCUUAGCUAUAAAUUAUUUUGUGUGAAAUAAUUCUUCUAAUUGCUUUUUUAUGACUAAUUUAUUUGGAAUUGAGGAUUUCCAUUUUCCUCAUGUAUUUUAUUAAAACCGGCACAACCGGCAUGAAUACUGGUUGUACCACGGUCAGACCAUUCCACUUACAAAACCGGCACACCGGCAUAAACCGAUUUGACAACCUUGGCUAAAAGUCUAAAACCCUUCGACGGUUCGACCCGAACCUCCCCUGUCCCUCGACUUCUUCUUUCUCCCAGCAGAGCAGCCUCUUUACCUAUCGUGCCGCCGGUCUCUUUUCCUUCUCAGUCAGGUACUGAUUACUUACUGAGUUCUGUAAUUCUGUUGGUAGGUUUGAAGAUGCUGCUGUUCUUCUUUUCCUUUUUCGUCUAUGGACUCCUUCUCCUCGUUUUCUUUUUGCGGGUUCAGUUUGAUUUUUUUUUUUUUUGCUAGAAAUUGUAGAGAAAUGGAGCACGGUUCUUUGAAUGAUCCAAGCAAAGCAACCUUCUCUUUUGUUGACGAAGACCACACACUUGCAAAUUCCGUCCGAUUCUGCUUGAAUCAAGAUCCAAGGGUAUCUGUUUGUGGAUACAGCAUUCCUCAUCCUUCAGAUGCUCGAGUUAACAUUAGAAUUCAAACUACAGGUGACCCAGCAAGGGAAGUACUGAAGGAUGGUUGCCAGAAUUUGAUGCUAAUGUGCCAGCAUGUGACGAUUUUACAGAAAUGUUGGAAAGAGGAGCUCAGCUCAUUCUGAGGCUUCUCUGUUCUUUUAUAUCAAACCCAGCAAUUAGCAGAAACGAAACACGUGUCCAAACGAGAGUGGCUACAAGUUUUAAAUAAACAGUAAUUAUAACG